AUGUUGACGUCCGUCGCCAGCUCGUGUGUGCGAAGCGGGAGGAAAAUCUCGGUCCCCGUAGCUAAAUUCCCCUUCUUGUCAACGGCUAGGAACUCGCCCAGAGGCCCGACGGGGGUACGAGAUUUGUCCCAACAGCGGUCGCCCAGGCUCCUCACACCGACUCCCCGGCAGCUGCCAAGGGGACUAACGUUCAGGUCUGUGUCCCUGUCAGCCGCUUCGCGGGGGGACGCGGACCCCCUGGCCGCGCCUUCGGUCCGAGAUGACAGGGAGAACUUCGGCUCCCUUUCCGCGGACUUUUCCUCCAGGAGGUCGUUCAGGAAAAGCAACCCCGACAUCCGGGAUCUACGGCACCGAGAGGACGACGCCUUGGGGGAAGAAGAGGUGGAGGAAGACCCGGUGAAAGCUCGCAGGAGGCCCGGGAGGAGAAACACACCGUACUGGUACUUCUUACAGUGCAAGAAACUGAUCAAAGACAACAAGCUGCAGGAGGCUUUGGAUUUGUUCGGCAGAGACAUGCUGCAGGGAGAGAGGCUGCAGCCGGAGGAGUACAACUACACUGUCCUGAUAGGAGGCUGUGGUCGAGCUGGACAACUCAAAAAGGCCUUCAGACUCUACAAUGAUAUGAAGAAGCGAGGUCUCGAUGCUAUAGAUGCUACCUACACCGCGCUGUUCAAUGCCUGCGCUGAGUCACCUUCAAAACAAGCCGGUCUUCAGCAAGCGCUGAAGUUGGAGCAAGAACUCCGUCGAAAAAACUACCCCCUCAGCACCAUCACAUACCACGCUCUCCUCAAGACACACGCCAUCACCAACCACCUUCAGGCCUGUAUACACACGCUCAGGGAGAUGCUGCAGAAUGGACAUGUUGUAACUCAGGAGACGUUUCACUACCUGCUGAUGGGCUGCUUGAAGGACAAAGAAACAGGCUUCAGACUGGCUUUACAGGUUUGGCGCCAGAUGCUAAAGUCGGGGAUUCUUCCAGACUCCAAGAACUAUAACCUGCUCUUGAGAACUGCAAGGGAUUGUGGGAUUGGUGAUCCUGCCCUGGCCACUGGCAUUCUUCUUAGGCCUGAGUGCGGGGGCCAGAAGGAGACAGAACAUGUGUCAAGUGUCAAGUCAGAGUCCAGAUGCAAGGAUGUAAUAGACAUUGACCUUCUGGAGAGGCAGUUGUUUAUCCAACCAGAUGCACACAGAGACGGAGAGGAGCCCUUUAACAGGCAAGAAUCAACCCACCUGAUACCAGUAAGACAAAAAGAAAACACCGCCCUGCCUGUUGACUUAGUGAGUUCCACAGCCCCAAAUCUGCUGGACCUUUUUGAAGGGAGGAAGGGUGCUGUGGUCUCCCUCGGCACUGUGGAUGGAUCAUCUGAUAGGCUCGCCCUGAUCGGAGGAGCUAAGGGUUUUCUGGAGAAAAUGGCAGCUAACGGACUCAGUCCAGACCUCAGAACUUUGACCCUGUUGUCCGAUACGAUGGAGCCGGGCUACCAGUCUCUGCAGAUGCUGCUGAGGGUCGCGAAGCAGCAUCGCGUGAAGCUCGAUGUCGCGUUCUUUAACUCUGUGAUUCGCAGAGCAGCCAGAGCUGGUGACCUGGAGGGGGCAAAGGGUGUGUUGAGUGUGAUGCGACAGCGCAAUGUAAGCGUGGACGUACAGACGUUUGGAAGCCUUGCUUUAGGCUGUGAGCGACAGCAGGACGGACUGCAGCUGCUAAAGGACAUGGAGGAGGCGGGACUCAGGCCUAACGUCCAGGUGUUCUCUGCUUUAAUCGGCCGAGCAACCGGGAGACUGGAUUACGUCUACCUCAAAACAAUCCUUAAAAGUAUGAGUGACAUGGGGGUCUGGCCUAACGAGGUCAUCAUCAGACAGCUAGAGUUUGCUGCACAGUAUCCUCCAAACUACAACCAGUACAAGUCCAGAAACAACUACCUGGUCCACAUUGAUGGUUUUCGUGGUUACUACCAGGAGUGGCUGAGAGCCAUGCCUGCUCAGGAUGCUGAGAGUGAGCGGGCAGAACUGCAAACUGAAACAGAUGCUGCAGAACUGAAAACAGAAGCUGCCGAUGGACUGGUGCAGGCGCAGAGGAACCAGAAAGCAGCAGCGAGGAGAUAUAAUUCUCGUAACAGGGACAAGACAAGCACCACUGCUCCUUAACAGCACUCUGGAAAAUAUCUAUGAAUUCUCUCCGUGGUCCUCUGGUUGUCUGUUUGCAAUCAGCUGUGUAAAACUGAACAGAAUGUGUGUCGAAGUAGUACCUCAUGUACCUUCUAUCGGUUAACUCUGUGCAAUUUCAUUUUACACAAAAGAUAAAUGAUUAUAACUUCAUAUAUAUUGCAAUUAAAGUAAAUAAUUUAAUUAUUGAGAAGUUAAACCAUCUUGGUUUUCUUCUACAUUAUCUUUCGUUUUGAAACAUUGAUUUCUGGGCAAUUUGCUGAGACAACUAUGGCGUAAUGUCUCAGUUAACUGUAUUUGUGAUACAACUUUAAAAAUGAUUCGAUCAUGUUCACUUGCUCUUCAA